UGCAUUCUGAAGAGGAUUAAUAAUUUAUGAUGCCGACGGAGUUAUCGUGAUCGUAACACAUAGGUUUAUGUAUGCUAUACUGCCCACCUACCUCCUAAGGUACCUUACUAUGCAUUUACGGUUAGGCAGUUAUUCACCUGGUAUCUUUAGCGAACCUGCGGCUGGGCCUGAAGACUCCAUAGGGCUGCUUCUUAGACGUUAAUUCGCCAUGGAAAUGAACUAACUGUUGCCGCUGCAGGGCCUGGGUGGCAGGUCCUAAUUUGCGAUCCUUGGACGUAGAUCUAGGACUACCCAAGGCGGUAUGGUUGUUGGGUUCUAACCGCAGGUAGUAAUGCGAGAGGAGAAUUGUUCCUCCCGCUUCAUUCCCGAUAUCUCUUCUCUCUCACGUUUUUCCUUGUUCAUUUCUUGUCGUUGUUGCAUUAUUCCCUAUCAUUGUUUUGCUCGUUUUGUUUGUUUGUCUGGGAGUAUAUCCGAAACGACGGCCAUGUGGUUUGGACCGCUCUCCGCCCUCGCGUCGCUCGCAUUCUUGAGCUCCGCCGUUCUCGCCCAAGAUCCCCCCGGCCCCGGCGAGCCGGCUGAGGUGUACGACGAUGGCGCGUUCAAAGAGCCGAGAGGGACGACGUCGGCAUACCGGUUGGGGGCGACGAUGAACGUCAGUUGGGAGACGUCGUAUGAAACGUCGAAUCUUUGGUUGAUCGUUGGCUGGAGCUGGGGCACGCCCAUUCAACUCGCAGCAAACAUUGGACAGACGUGGUAUGAAUGGAAAGUGUCAACCGAUUCGACGAAUUCUUCGGAGAUAUACGCGUUUCGCGUAGUCAACGCGAUGGGUACGGACGAAGAACAAACAGGAGGCGGUUUUUUGAGUGCGGCUUUUUGGAUCGAUGGCCUACCGACUAGCUCUGUAUCAUCUAUAUCCCACAUGUCGACAUCUGCUUCCGCGCCCGCGAUGACAUCUUCUUCCGCGACAACUUCUUCGACGGCAUCUCAGACCCCGGAGAGUGCGGCCGUGAAUGAAACAUCCGGUCUGUCGGAUAGCGGUAAAAUUGGCAUCGGUGUCGGGGUGGGUGUAGGAGGUAUAGGUCUCAUCGCCUUAGUUCUCGGCAUAAUAUACUUCAAGCGUUCAAGGAAUGAAAGGAUGAAAGCGGCGGACAGCAUGGAGCCGUACUCGCAAACGCCGCAGACAUACGCCUCGACGAUGCAACCUUACACUCCAAGCCCUGCUGCCGAACUUUCAAGCUACUAUAAGCCGCCGGGACCAAGCGAGAUGGAAGGCGCGGGACUAGGUGCCGAGCUAGACGGAGGAGAGAAGGCUGGAUUGGCUGCCGGCAACUACCCAGCUAACGCACCCGGGCAGCACGUCGCCGAACUUCAAGGAUGAACUCGUUUUCGAAAAAGCUAGAGUAAUUUAUAUAUAAGAUACCCACGUUUACGUUUGAAGGAUGUAUACAUCAUAGACAUGAGGUAGAAUGCAGGUAUGUUUGUCACGAAUAGUAUGGAUUUCCGACAGUGCGAGCCGCAUAGAUGGUAGAGUUUUUGCCGUAAAAUAGUUUAUUUACGUUAAUUCUAAUACAGCUCAUAUGGAUUAAUGUUACUAGAUACUGUUAC